CGAGCACGCAGAUGUAGAGCAGCGCACAUUAUCGUAGAAAGAGCCUGACCAACAAACAAUGGCUGCCCCCAGAAGGACUCCUCGUGCAAGACCCACUCACAUCUACCCGCCCUCCGACCACUCCGCUGCCUAUUCAGAUGCUUACGACGACGACAUGCCGUUCGAGUUCGAUGAGGCCGAUGUCUGGAGCAACGGCGAUGUUGCUCGGGUCCCCUCGUUCGAAACGAUCCGCAGCAACGGAGUGGCGACGCCCGGUUCGUGCGCACCGAGAAGACCGCCCAGAAGGGCCGACAUUUCGUCCGACCCGAAGCCUGCGGCGGCGUCAUUGCCUGUCAACAUACCGGAUUGGUCGAAGAUUAAUAUGACGCCCGACCAUGCCGACGGUGGAGGAAGAGUUGAGAGCGACGACGAGGGCGAGGACGACCGAGAGAGUAGGGUUCCGCCUCACGAGUACUUGGCAAGGAGGAGAGGGGCUUCGCUGUCGGUGCACGAAGGGAUUGGGAGGACGCUGAAAGGCAGAGAUCUGAGAAGGGUGAGGGAUGCCAUUUGGAAGUCCGUUGGAUUUACAGACUAAAAGCUGAUUACUUAAAACUUGGUCUUCUAUAUCUACCCAAAGGAUUUUCGUAAAGGCCAUAUGAGAUAAUGAGAGUCGCUCUCUUGGUGCUGUCAACCAGAGGUGGACUCUUUCGUGUGUGAUUCUGAAGUUGCGACUCUUAUCACUUUUUCCAUGCCCUUUUGUAUGUUCAUGAUCUCGAGUCCUUUAGAUUCAACAGGCUCUUCUUUCUUCUUCUUGCAACACAGAGACAAGAAGGCAAAGCAAAGCGUCGGAA